AUGACUUUAUUACGCGAGAAUCAAAAGGGCCCAAGACCGGCCACCUCUAUCUGGGCAGAGAGAGAUGCCACAGACUUCGACAUCAACAAGAUGCACGUAUUCCUCGAGGGUUCUGAGGAGGGUGCGGCUCAAAUACUGAAGGAGAUGCAAGAGGUUGAGCGCGAUCCCAUUUUGAAGACGGACGAAACCUACUACGACAUGACUAAAGCUGAGCAUCGUGAGGUGACUGCCAGGAAAAUCGGCCAGUUGGCUAAGUACAUCGAACAAGAUGGAAAUUUGGAGUCUUUUGAGAGAAAGAUGAACUUGAUGAGUAUUGUGGAUCCUCAGCUCACGACUAGAGUUGGUAUUCACCUCAAGUUGUUUUUGGCAUGUAUUAAUGGAACUGGAACUGAUGCUCAGUUCAACUAUUGGGCCCACGAAAGAGGUGCUCUGUUCAUCAGAGAUGUCUAUGGAUGUUUCGGUAUGACCGAGAUGGCCCAUGGAUCCAAUGUCGCAGCCCUUGAGACCACUGCAACUUAUCGUAAGGAGACAAAGGACAUAGUCAUCAACACACCUCACGUGGGAGCUACCAAAUGGUGGAUUGGUGGAGCUGCUCAUUCCGCAAACCACUGUUCUGUGUACGCUCGUCUGAUAGUCGAUGGUAAGGACUACGGCGUCAAGACGUUCGUUGUUCCUCUGAGAGACCGCGAGCACGAGCUCUUACCUGGUGUUGCUAUUGGUGAUAUCGGAGCAAAAAUGGGUCGUGAUGGUAUUGACAAUGGCUGGAUCCAGUUCACCAAUGUUGUCAUUCCAAAGGAGUAUAUGCUUUCUAAGUACACCUAUAUUGAUGAGGACGAUACUGUGGUUGAUCCUCCUCUUGCCCAGCUUUCUUACGGUGCGUUGCUCGGUGGAAGAGUCAGUAUGGUUACAGAUUCCUUCAGAACUUCCGAGAGAUUCAUCACAAUUGCUUUGAGAUAUGCUGUUGGCAGAAGGCAGUUUGCGAGCAAGGGUAAAGCCGAGGAAAACCAAAUCAUCAACUACCCACUACACCAAAAGCGACUCUUUCCUCUGUUGGCAACAACCUAUGCAAUGUCUAUUGGUUCCUACAAGAUUGAAACCGAGUUUGCUCAAACUCUCAAGCAGUUGGACGGUGCUGUGAGAGCCCAGGAUUUGAAGGAGAUGUCUGAUGCCAUCAACAGACUGAAGAAUGUAUUCUGUUUUUCGGCCUGCUUGAAGUCAACUUGCACCUGGUUUACUGCCCAAUUGAUUGACGAGUGUAGACAGGCUUGUGGUGGCCAUGGCUAUUCCUCUUACUCCGGAUUUGGAAAAGCGUACAACGACUGGGUCGUCCAAUGCACUUGGGAGGGUGAUAACAACAUUCUUGCAACCAACGCAGGAAGAAUCAUCAUUCAAACUCUUCAGAAGUUCCAGGCCAAGGGAAAGAAACCAAGUGGUGACUUGUCUUUUCUGGGGAAGGCAGAUCAUGUCAAGGGCAAUAAGCCACUUACUCUUGACUUCAAAAAGCCAUCCUCUCUUGUUGAUGUGUUCGAAGCCGUUGUCAUCCGUCUUUCUGUAGGAUCAAUUGAGAAGUUGGCACAGAAUGGCAAUGAUUGGGACCUUAUUGCACCAGAAAGAGUGUUGAUCUCCAAAUUGAAUGCUGCCCUAUUCAUGCUGACCCACUGGCUGAUCAAACUCGAGGCCACACCUGAAGAUGGAAACAUCAAAAAACACCUGUACACCCUUUUUGCUAUUUACGGAUUAUCCCAGAUUGAUCUUUUCGCUGGUGCGUUUUUAGCUGAGGGUGUUAUUGACCAGGCGAGCCUCAAGGCAGUCCAGGCUCAUUUGAUGGAUCUGUUCAAAGAAAUCAGACCUCACAUCAUCGGACUUACGGACGCGUUCAAGUUCAGCGAUUUCUUCAUCAACUCCGGUUUAGGAUUCUACAAUGGAGACGUAUAUACCAAUUACUUUGGAAUCGUGAAGAAACAGAACGACAAUUCUAAGUCCAAGGCGCCUUACUCUAAGGAGUUCGAAGCCGUAUUGAGGAGAGACACACUGGAAGUGAGACAGAACUUUGGUAAGAGUGCAAAAACCUUGAAGAAGCUGAGCGAAUAA